GGAAUAGACAUGGGCUGCUGGUCCCAAGCAGCACAACAGACCAGGAGCUCCAGCACAUCCGCAACAGCCUCCCGGACUCAGUGCGGAUCCAGCGUGUGGAGGAGCGACUGUCAGCCCUGGGCAAUGUCACUACCUGCAAUGACUAUGUGGCGCUGGUCCACCCAGACCUGGACAGGGAGACAGAAGAGAUCUUGGCAGAUGUACUGAAGGUGGAAGUGUUCAGGCAAACAGUGGCAGACCAGGUGCUGGUAGGAAGUUACUGUGUGUUCAGUAACCAAGGAGGAAUCGUGCACCCCAAAACCUCCAUCGAUGACCAGGAUGAACUGUCCUCAUUGCUCCAAGUCCCACUCGUGGCAGGGACGGUGAACCGCGGCAGUGAGGUGAUCGCCGCAGGGAUGGUGGUCAACGACUGGUGUGCCUUCUGCGGGCUGGACACCACCAGCACAGAGCUCUCUGUCAUCGAGAGCAUCUUCAGGCUCAAUGAGGCUCAGCCCAGCACCAUUGCUACCAACAUGAGAGAUUCCUUGAUUGACAGUCUGACAUGA